AUUGAGAACGCGCCCGUUCUCGCGCUCCGAACAGAUUAGCAUGUAUGCUAACUUCAGGACCCGGUUACCUCAGGCAGGAGUAUUCAGUCAGAGUUUACUGAUAAAUAAAUACAAAUAAAGUAUGAGUUGUAACCUUCUGGAGAAUGGGUAUUAUUGUGUCAAAGGUCAUGGAGCAAAAUAUUAAGAAGCAGCAGGAGUUCAUGCUGCACAACUCCAGACUUCAGAUGGAGCGUCAGAUCCUCAUGCAGAACGAGAUGCGAGAGCGACAGAUGGCCAUGCAGAUCGCCUGGUCCAGAGAAUUUCUUAAAUACUUCGGGUCGUUUUUCGCCCUGGCUGCAGUCGGCCUGAGCACUGGAGCUAUAAAGAGGAGGAAACCGGGUCUGUUCGCACCGAUGGUACCACUGAGCUUCAUCCUGGCGUAUCAGGUGGACAUGGCGUACGGAUCUUUCAUCCACCGUAUGAGAGAAGAAGCCGAGAGCAUCAUGGUGGCUGAAGCGGAUCGGCUGAAUUUGCCCCACGGAACGCCGACGUUCGAGAGCAUUGAGAAAGUGCGCAGAGCGAAGUCCCACCUCCUGCCUCUCUCAGAGAAAUGAGGGACGCUGUUAGCAGGGGUGAGUCGUGGAGUGGAGGGGGUGGGUUUGUUGAAGAACGUUCUGUGAGGUUCUUCAUGUAAUAUAAUAUACUGAUCUCUGUGAUCGAAUUCAGCAUGCUCGCUGGUGUUCGAGUGAUAAAUAUAAAUCCCUAAAACGUGUUUGAUUGGAAAAUUUUUGACAUUUUAGAUCAAUUAAUUAGAACGAGAUCUUAAAACUUGAUUGGAUUAUUGUGGGAAGGUUGUAGCUCUGUGUUUAAGGCAUUGGAAGGUCAUACGUUCAAAUCCCAGCACCACCAAGCUGCUACUGUUGGGCCCCUGAGCAAGGCCCUUAUUCCUCAACUGCUCAGCCGUAAUUCACUCUGUAUAUGGGCGUCUGUUAAAUGGCGUUAAUGUAAAUGUUCUGAUUUUGCGUCCACUUUUGCAUUAGUUGUGCCGUGUUGGUCAGAAAGUUGAGAGCAGGCUGAUAGUUUGCAGUUUAAUUCACUUUUCAGAGUUUCAAUUCGUUCUCUUGUAUCAAUCUUUAUAAGAAAUUUCAUGGAGCAAUGUGUAAUUUUGCAUGUACUUCCCGGAACUGUCCACUGAACUAAACUACAAUUACAAUAUAGACUUUUUUUUAUUAUUAAAUUCUGCCAUAACUGACUUAAAUGUAUCUUGAGAGUGGGUGGGGAAAGGGGCGGGGCUAAUCUCAAAACUUGGGUAAAAAAAUCCCAAACUAAAUCCAUUGAACUAUUACAAACUGCACCUUGAUCUUAUACGCAGCUAAUUGGCUACUCAUCAGAUACAACUUGAGUCACACUUGAUAUUUUCCUAAAUGUUAAUAAAUUAAUAUUGUAUGUAAUAAAUUUGAUUUGGGGUUGUGUUUCUAUUUGCAAUGAUUUUGUUUUGAGACUGUUAUCAAAACUACAGAUUAAAACCGUGUUUUCAAGAGA